AUGGCCAAACGUCAGUCCCUGCCGCACUGGCUUGUGCCAACAACACUGCUCGUGUCUUUCAUCGCGGACAUUGCACUCGCGGUCGGACACCACUACUUCUACUCAAGGUUACAUGACCGUCGAGUUGACCAAGCACGCUGGCCGCAAGGCACUUACGUAGCCAUCGGCACCGGCCGUGCGUUCCUCGUCCGCGCCGCCUUUGUCAUCACCAUCUCGACUGUCUAUUGGCAGAUCUUCUGGCAACGACUGCGAAAGCCUCUUUCGCUGUCAACUAUUGAUGAUCUGGCAGACCAGCUAAAGGUUAUCUAUCAACUCUUCAACUGGAUUAGCUUGAAAGCUAGCCCUCUGUUGGGGCUUCUCGCCUUGCUCGCCUGGUUGAUACCUCUGGCGGUCGUCUUCCCGCCCUCAGCGCUGAGAGUUGUGCCGAAGGAGUUUCGUUCGCACGGAAUAAAGGAAAUACACCUUCCAGGCUACAACAAGAGAGACAUGUUUGUCAAUACUUACAUGUUGGCCAAAGACCAGCCAACUGUGAUGAGAGGCGGUGGCUACGAUUUUGACGCCGAGUGGGCUGGACCAACGAAUCGUAUCAGACGAACUUUGUUUGGAGCAGCAUACCAAGGACAGCUCCCAAGCAUUCCGGCCCCACAAGCGAACUCCUCUUACGAUAUCACGUUCUACGCUCCCUCCAUACAGUGCAUGCCUAUCAGCAGCCCGAACGAGAUUCUCCGUGAGCUUGACGUAGCGGGCAUCCAAUGUCUGAAUGGCUCCACGGCCUGUGGCACUACGUUCAGUACUUUCCACGUGUCAUGGGUCGCCGAAAGCAGUAUCGUGCCCUUCAAUAUCACUAGUUCUUUGGAAGACGCGUCGCUUGGCAUAGCAGAAUAUGUUCCCUUUCCCUACCAGGACUACGUUCUGCCCUCCGACGCUCGCCUCGGCACAGACGACUCCAGACCGCAGGCAUUGUACUUGGCCUACCGUGACAAUAUGGCUCAGAAAGGUCUGCAUUCUAACGAUGUGGCUCUUUUGAAUUGCAUGCUUUACAACGCCACUUACACGGUAUCCUUCAAUUUCAAUAACGGGAAUCAAGAUGUGAGCAUCAAUGCCAUCGAGCUCCAGAAUGUCAUCUUCAUCGAGAGCUCAAGGGAUCGUGCCUCCUGUCCGGGGGCUUUUGGGCUGAAUACUCCCGAGGUCCAAUCGUACCUGGCUUAUAUGGAAGUCGUCGGAGAGCUACUUCUCGUCCUCCACAACUCCGCGGCCAUUGCGGCCAUCAUAGAGACCCUUGAGGAGAUUUUCCAGAACAUGACAUUAUCUCUUCUCACCAUUCCGGAGAUCGCAGCAGAAGAGCCAAUCAUGUCCAAUGUCUCUUUAUCUGUCACCCAUAACGCCUAUCGCUACAACAAGGAACGGCUCUUUGCGGCGUAUGGGGCGGCCGCCGCUGCAACUUUUCUCGCUGUCGUGGUCGGUCUAUACAGUCUUGCGGUGACAGGCACUUCGUACAGCAACACCUUCUCCACUGUGAUCCGAGUCGCUCGUGAUCAGACGAUCGGCGUUCACAUUCAGCAUAAGGACAGGCUUGGUCAGGAUCCGCUGCCAACAUACAUCGGGGAAGCUAAACUGCACCUGGACUGGAACGAGCUGGCCGAGAAGUCGAAGCCUGAGACUUUCUCUCGAAAGUUACACCAGUCUGAUGAUUCUGGUGGUAGCGACCUGAACACGAAGACUGCUCAUGUACAGACUUCGUUGCUGAGGGGCUGA